GACACGGGUAGUUUACGCAGCCAUUCAAGACGGAAUAGAGUCAUACGGGGCAUUACAACUACUUUUUUGUAACUUUCUGGUCAUAAAAUAAAGUUUUUUGAAAAUUUCACCGGAUAUAUUGUUUCCAGAUAACGUAUCGGUGGUAGUUACAGUAGCGCCGGAAUCAGGAUGUUAUAAUUUUAAAAGAACGAAGGCCUAUCCAUUCUGGGAACAAUAUUGUGGAGAUUGCAUAUUGCGACAAUGCCUGAAGUUGAACCACUCAGAUUUCCAUCAAGGGAGGACGGGCCAAGUUUACAAGAUCAGGUAGAUCUUCAAGCAGUGUGCCCCAGCAGACGUCGCAGUUGUGCCCUGGUUAACACCCCCUCACCGUGCGUCAACAAAGCUGUUUGCCAUAUUCAGGAGCUGAAGAGGAAAGUGGAGAACUGGUGUCAACAGUCAGGAAAUGUUCAGCAUCAGAUGUCUCAUGAAGAACAGCAAAAAAGAAAAACUUUUAGAUUGAAUUCCAGUGAAUCUGUGUCUUCAAUGAUACCUACAGAGUUAUACAUCGAAGGCAUUGGACUAAGUGCAAGAGGUGAAAGAGAGGGUGACCUGUUGUCUCCGCUGCGUAAGGAAACCACGGACGUCCUGGUAGAAGUAGUGUAUCUGAUUGAACGUCUGGAAGCUGAUCGCCAGGAUGCAGAGGAGGCUCUACAGUCGGAGAAGAAGAGAAGGAGAACUUUAGGGAGGAAAAUGUAUAGUAUUUCACUGUGGAAGCAGCAGGAGUUCCCUGUAGCUGUCCAGAAAGAGCAUGAGGCCUGUACCAGAGACAUCAGUGAAUUGAAAUGGCAUCUGAAAUUGAGAAGAGAUAAACUUCACCAAGUGACAGAUAGAAUGAUCAAGACAGAGGUUCUGAAUCAGCGGUUAAAUGAGGACAUUGAUUUCAUCAAGAAAAAUGGGCCUCUUGUGAAGGAAAAACUGCAGCUGGAGAGCGAUUUCAUGAUCCAAAUUAAUACGGCUCAACAUAAGGCCCUUGAGACAUUUUCGAAGACCUUCAGUGAACUGAAGAGUUGUCAAGAAGAGAUGAGAAAGGAAGAACUGAAAGCAGAUGAGGAUAGAGGUUUGAUGUUCAAUAAGCUUAAGGGCAUCAGGAAUCUGCUAAAUGACAGACUAACUGAGUUCCAGCAGCUGAUAGAUUAUUGGGAUGGCUACUGCAUUACAUUGAAGGAGACAGAGGAGAGGGUGGCUUUGAAGGAGGAGGAGUGGGGAGACAUGUCACAACGCAUCCCUGUGCUAGAGGUGCAGGAGGCUGCAGUCAAUGAUCUGGUUGUGGAGUUGAACAUAUUUAUUGAAGAUGAAGGUAGAAAAAUUGCACAAUUAAAGGAAGAGAUUUCAGAGCUGCAGAAAGAAGUCCAUGCAACUAGACUUGCAGGUGAAGCAUCGGUCUCUCACUCCGAGGAGGUGUUCUGUAAGAAACAUCAGGACAUCUUGGCUCUCCACGAGGAAAACAAAGAGUAUGAACUAGAGACUGAGGACUACAGUAACAUGAUCUAUGAGAGUGAGCAGGCAGUGAAGCAGCUUCAGAAGGAGAGGAAGCGCAUGCUACAGAAGAUCAGUGUGAACGAGGAACAGAGAGAAGAGGCCAAGGAGGAGUUGUCCCAGGUGGCAGCAAUGCACGCUAAUACCAAGGUCAACCUGGAGGAGCUGGAGCAGCAGACCUUCAUGGAGGAGCAGAGGAUGAGGAAAGUGAUUGAGAAUCUGAAGAAAGACAUGAUGAGCGAGAUGAAAGCCAAAGCCAUUCUGAAGGAAACAUUAACAACAUUUAAAGCAGAAUUACACCAGGAGCAAACCAACACAGAAAACGCCAGAUGGGAACUUCAUAAGGAAUUUGAAGAGGUGUCAUCAGCAACAAAACAACUGGAAAUUGAAAUGGAAAAACUGAGAAAGAUUUACAAUGAUAAAUCUGAGAAAAUUGAACGUUUAAGGGAGAAACUCUGUGAUAUUCUAAACGAACACAAAAACACUGCAAAUUGUCUGAAAAAGGAAAGGAACCUGAAACUUGACCAUCUAAAUACAGCCAAGGAAUUACACCAAGAUGUUACCAAGAGGUUUGACCACGCCUUGAGCAGAAUCACAGUCCUCACUGCUAAGUCCAAAGAAUACAGAACAGGGUCUGACAGGAUGGAGGAAACAGCAGCCACAAUGCCAGAUGUCAUUGAGGAACUACAGUCCGUCUUUGACGCCGUAGAGUUCAAAAACCAAACAGCUACGUUGAUCAUGAACACCUUAGAACGUGAUAUCACCAACUGUCAACAACGGAUUGAGCAAGCAGUGCAAACUCACACUUCUCUAUUCACAACCAGACAGCAAAAAAUGGAGGAAACCAAGUCCGACCUAAAGGUAGCCCUAAGAGAGAACGUUGAGUUGGCCCACGAGUACAGAGCCCUUCAGAAAGUCCUGAUGAUCGCCAAGCAGGGGGCUGUAGGGGUGUUUGACGAGAGGAAUCGAGCAGAGGCAUCUUUUUAUGAUCACAAACAGAUUUCUUUGUUGCAGAAGAGGAUGCACAAAGCUGUGGUGAAAUACUUCAGACAACGCAACCUCUAUAGCCAGGCUGAACUGGCCCGCUUCCAGACCCUCAAUAACGAGAACAACCAGAAAAUAAAAACUGUCCAGGAGGAGUUGUCAGAAGCAAUCCGGCGCAUUUCUGCAUUUCUGCACUCUCUGGCAGAUGACUCAACAACCAGUGAUGAUGCUGCGACGAUGGAGACAGCAGCAGUGAACAAACAAGCGGGUCUGGAUGCCAUUGGGUUGAACAAGAAGAAGAUGCCUACAGUUCAGAUAACAGUGUAAUUGGACAUUCACCUGGUGCCAGACAACUUACUUACCCCAGCACGCUUCACUCACUCACUAUCCCCCUCUCUCUCUCUCUCUCUCUCUUACCAGCAGGAGAUCCAUAACAAUGAAACAGGUGACUUUCAUGCUGCUGCCAGGACUGAUCUAAUUUUAGCAGGGUGAAUGAUUGCAAUUGGCUUUGCCUCAUCAGAUAAUUAAUCUAUGUCACCAUUAAUUGGAAAAGAGAAUAAUUACAGGCAGUGUUGACAGAAAUUCUAAGCUUCUCCAGAUUUGGAGAUCUAAUCAGGACUACUAAAACCCACCGUGACCUUAACUACCACUUAGUACACUACCUCGACCACCCGGACCAAUGCCCGAGCAAAACACUUCCUCUCAGGAGACAAGCACACUUGUUUUUGUUGUUUCAUUUUUUUUCUCCCUCUCUCAUUUUCUCUCCCUCUUCUAGAAAGCUGUCUCCCUCAAUCACUUUUCAAUAUUCAAUCUUAAUUUUGUGGAAGUUUAGCAUUUUCAAUGAGCUGGAGAUGAAUGAUUAAUGAAUAAAUUUAAAUGCUUCAUUUUGUCCAUGGAUCAUUAGUUAAGUCCUUUGUGUGAAGGACCUGAGAAAGGAGUGAACGUUAUUGAGACAUUAGCCUGGAGCAAUCCAGGGGUAAAUAGUGUGCACAUUACAAAAGGAUGUUGUGUAGCGGGGUGCAGUAGCCUACUGGCUUUCUAACGGAAGAACCCCCAGGUAACGCUGCUUUCAAUUUGCCACAUCUCACCUGAAUCACACAUAGUAUUAAUUUGGAAGAGAAAAAAUAUGAUUAUUAUUUCAUCAAGCAUGUUCCCAUUGCUUCAUAGGCCUAAUAAUGAUGUGGCACAUUAAUAUUUAUUAAACACACUUCAAAAGUU